AAACCCUGAAAGCCCAUAGCAGCUUCUUUCCCCUGUCGCACGCAUACCAUCCCAAAACAAAAAGGUUUGCAGUCGAAAAACUCUCUUUAGUUUGUGUUUUUGUUUAGGAUCUCAAGUAGCUCUCAUAUAGCCCUAAAAAGUUCUUCUCAAUAAAAUUUGAGAAUCUGUUAUAGUUCCCUCUCACUCAAAUCUUUACUUUUCUAGGGUUUGAAACAACAACAAAAAAAUGGGAUCUUACGCUGAAAUAGUUCCUCAAACUACUACUCCUCCAAAGGAGAUCGAGAAGAAAGAAGAGAAAAUCGAUUAUAUGGAUCUUCCUUGCCCUAUUCCUUAUGAAGAAAUCCAUCGUGAUGCUUUGAUGUCCUUAAAGCCAGAUCUUUUUGAAGGGCUACGCUUCGAUUUUAUGAAGGGAAUCAAUCAAAGAUUCUCUCUCAGCCACAGUGUAUUCAUGGGACCAAUGGAAGUUCCUUCUCAGUCCGCCGAGACCAUCAAAAUACCUACUUCUCACUAUGAAUUUGGAGCUAACUUUCUUGACCCAAAGUUGAUGCUUGUUGGGAGGGUUAUGAUGGACGGAAGGAUGAAUGCAAGACUCAAGUGUGAUUUGACCGAAAACCUCGCUCUGAAGGCUAAUGCCCAGCUUACUCAAGAGCCGCAUAUGUCUCAUGGUAUGGUCAAUUUUGAUUACAAGGGUAAAGACUCAAGGAGCCAGCUUCAAUUAGGGAAUGGGGCCUUAGUGGGUGCUAGUUAUAUCCAGAGUGUCACUCCUCACUUGUCACUGGGCAGUGAAGUAUUUUGGGCGGGUCAGCAUCGAAAAUCUGGUAUUGGAUUUGCUGCUCGAUACAACACAGAUAAGAUGGUUGCUACAGGGCAAGUUGCAAGUACGGGGAUGGUUGCACUUAGCUAUGUUCAGAAAGUGUCUGAAAAGGUUUCUCUAGCAUCGGAUUUCAUGUACAACUACAUGUCGAGAGAUGUUACAGCAAGUUUUGGUUACGAUUGCAUAUUUAGACAGUGUCGUUUAAGAGGGAAGAUUGACUCCAAUGGAUGCGUAGCUAGUUUUCUAGAAGAACGACUGAAUAUGGGUCUCAAUUUCAUUCUUUCCGCAGAGAUCGAUCACCCGAAGAAAGAUUACAAGUUUGGUUUUGGAUUGUCAGUAGGAGAGUAAAUUAUUUGUUUAGUUGAUGCGUUGUCGGAGCCACCCAAGGAGCACAGGGUAGACCUCUCUUGUGACAACUCUCUCUUCAAUUUUUUCUAAGAUAUUAAUUGAAGCCGUCUUCUUAUCAAGACCCAGUUUAACCUUAAUAUUACUUGCUACAUAAAUAAUUUUUUUGUAACAGUAGCAUUACUUCCCUUUGAGAGUACAACACUUCGGAUAGUAGUGUCUGAGAUGUGGAGUAAUCAAAAAAUUUCAUUUCGAUCUAGAGUCU